AUGGUAGGUCCAGGCUGGAUGGUAAAUUUGCAAGCCACUCAGGGCCACCGCCGGCUUCUCUUUGUCGCCCUGGUUGGGGCGGCUAUUGUCGAAGCACCACAGCAGCGAGAAGCGUGCGUUUUCCGUCGUCGUUUGGACAGGAACGUUCACAAGCAGACACUGUUGCUGGAAGGCCAAUUCAAAAGAUGCUACCGCAUGGAAGCUUCGUCUUUUGAGCUGUUGCUAUCGUUGAUUAGGCCCACACUAGCCCGUGACGAGAUCAAGUCGACGAAUCAAACAGGAGCCGACCCAAUAGAGCCUGAGAACAUGCUACAAAUGACACUUUCUUGGCUAGCCGGAGGCAACUACAUGACUAUUCGUGGUUUGGCUGGCAUGUCUCCCUCUGGAAUCUAUGGAUGUAUGCAUGCUGUUAUGGACGCCAUAUGCCACUGUCCUGAGCUGCGCAUUCAUUCUCCAACGGAGUCACAAGAACGCAUCCACGACCUUGCCGAGAGCUUUACAAACAUCAGCAAAGAUGGCGUUUUGACGGGUUGUGUCGGGUGCAUUGACGGGUGGCUGUGUCAUAUUCGCGCCCCAAGCCCCAACGAGGUUCCAGAUGUAGCUGCAUUCUUCUCGGGCCAUUAUCAGAAGUUCGGAGUCAAUGUUCAAGCCAUUUGUGACGCGUUCUCCCGCUUCACAGGCUAUUGCAUGAAUUCCCCGGGGAAGGUCGGUGAUUCAAUUGCGUACAAGAAGUGGCCGCUCAGCAAGGAGAUCAUGCAGCUUCCAGUUGGGUUUUAUUUAGUUGGCGACAACGCGUACCCGUUGUCCGACUCGCUGCUCGUACCAUUCAACAAGUUGGAGCUCAAAAGCCGAAAGCACUCCGACUUCAAUUUCUAUCUGAGCCAAUUGCGCAUUCGCAUUGAAAUGGCUUUCGGUCUGUUGGUCAACAAGUGGGGUAUCUUCAAGCGCGCUUUGGUUGUGGAUUUUGUGAACGUGAAUAAGGUGAUCAAGACGUGCAUGAAGCUGCAUAACUUUUGCAUUGACGAGAGAAUUAAAAAUGAAGAGAGCGCAAAGAGACUUCAAGUUGUGUCGAUGGAGUACCACAACUUGCCCGAGAGCGAGUAUCAGCCGACAGACAAUUCUGAAUCUACUGUUGGCUUACGUAAUGACGCUCAGGGGCCCAUUCUUCGUGAAGUGGUUGUCGAUCAUAUUCAGUGUUGUGGGCUCCAGCGGCCCAAACGUCGGCACAGCUAG